AAAAAAUCGUCAAUUUACAAUUUCAAGUAUUUUUUUUUUCUUCAGGUCUUUCUAUAGACGAUAAACUGGGAGGAUUCGACUGAAGAAACUGCUGAACCAAUGCAAUUUUAUAAGACAAUAACACCGCGGUUACUUCUAAGAACCAAACUCGCAACCCAUCCCGUCUUUGGCUCGUUACAGUUUUCACUUCAGUCCCUUACCUUGGCCAAUUGCCACAUUCACUUAUCUGAAGUUGGAAAAGGUAUACGUCUGUAUCAACUUUCUAAGAGACCUAAGUCUCGACAGGACACUACCCCUGACCUCAGCGCUGCUCAGGUGAUACGUAUGAUUAGAUCGCCAAAUUUCAAAAAGAUGGCUUCAUCAGAUGGACAGGUGAAAAUGGGUAGCCAACAUCAAGAGCCAAGACCUAAUCGCGGGAAAAGGCCGUUCCAGAAUGAAAAGUCUAAGCUCGCAACGAAAAAGGAAAACAAGAAGAAGCAGAAAAAGACGAAGGAAAGCGAAACCGACAUGAACAUGAAGACUGGCUCAGCGGAGGAAGUCUUAGCUAUUGACGUGAAGAAUCUAAUCGAGUCUCUCAAACAAGAUGAUGAUAGAGCGGUAGAAGGAGGGAAUGCCGCGCCAGAGCCAGAAACUGAAAACUUGCCAGAGCAAGGCUCCGAGAUCGAGGUUGAAGUUGUCGAGCUUUCCUCGACUGGAGAAGGCCUAGCUUUACGUAAAGGCUCUAAGCACGUAUACGUCGUGCCAUUCUCAAUACCAGGCGACACUGUCAAGGCGAAGGUGUACCGCCACCUAAAGGAAGAGGGCUAUUCCGUGGCGGAUUACAUCUCUCUCGUGAAGCCGUCAGCCUCCCGCGACGACAGUCGGAUCAAGUGCAAAUACUUUGCCACUUGCUCAGGAUGCCAAUUUCAGAUGCUGGAUUAUACCGAUCAGCUGAAGCAUAAGAAGAACAUCGUCGAGAAGGCCUUUCGUCACUUCUCCGAGUUGCCCCCAGAGCUUAUCCCCGCUAUCCAAGACACCAUCGGCAGCCCGCUUCAAUACGGCUACCGAACAAAGCUGACGCCGCACUUUGAUGGCCCUCCGGGCUGGCGCAAAGGUAAGAAUCCCUUCAAGAGCUGCCCCCCUAUUGGCUUCAUGCCCAAGGGCAAGCGUGACCCUUUAGAUAUUGAGGAUUGCCCUAUUGGUACCGACGCCAUACGUCUUGGUAUGAAAAAGGAACGUGCACGCAUGGCCGUCGAGUACGGAAAAUACGUACGGGGCGCUACGAUUCUUCUGCGCGAAAGCACCAAGCGUAUUCCGAAGAAACAGAGCGAAGCCGAGGGAGCAUCUUCACCGAAAGGACCUGAGGCAAAAUCACCAUCGCCCCCGCCUCCCGAGGACUCCGUUGUUAGAGUCGAGACAGACUCAUACACAGACCUAAAGACCUACGUGACAGACAACAAUGGCACAUCAACCGAGUACGUCGGGCCCUACGUCUUCCACAAUCCAGCCGGCUCUUUCUUCCAGAACAACAACUCCAUCCUCCCCGUCUUCACAGACUACAUCCGAGAGCACAUCCUCCCUCCUUCCUCUCCUCUUUCCCCCGAAAUCAAAUUCCUCCUCGACGCCUACUCCGGCUCCGGGCUCUUCACCAUAACCCUGUCCUCCCUAUUCAGCGACAGCGUCGGCAUCGACAUCAGUGACGCCUCCAUCAAAUACGCGUCCCGCAACGGCGCGGAAAAUAACCUCCCCCUUUCGCGUGCGAAAUUUAUCGCCGGCGAUGCCAAAGACUUGUUUGCGUCCGCCCUGCGCAAGGCAUACCCCUGCGAUCAAACCGUCGUCGUGAUCGACCCCCCGCGUAAGGGCUGCGACCAGGAUUUCCUGAACCAGUUGUUGCGCUUUGCGCCCCGCCGCGUCGUAUAUGUGAGCUGUAAUGUGCACACACAGGCGCGCGAUAUCGGUAUCCUGGUUCGUGGGCUUGAGGGUGCGGGUGGUGCAGAGACGGGGACGGGGAUGAAGACUGGCGUUGCAAAGAACAAGUGGAAAGGGACGAAGUAUGCGAUUGAAAGCAUACGCGGCUUCGACUUCUUCCCGCAGACGGGACAUGUUGAGGGCGUUGCCAUUCUGAAUCGGGUGGACGGCUAGGUAUUCUAAUAUUAGGUAGCUAUCUACCUAUAUUCUGAAGACAUCUUAGAAGGAAAGUAUGAGGUUAAACCACCCAUUCUGGGGAACUACUGUAUCAUAAGAAGGGCUUCAUUUACAAGGCACGUUUACGCGGC